AUGGCUGAGAAGCAAAAACAAAGAUACACAAUACUGGAGGCCUUGGAAGCCAUCCAGAACAGAAGUGAUGUCGAGGUCACAGACUCAUCUGAUAGCAGCUGCUCUGAAUAUGAAGAAGAGGAGGACACAUAUUUACUGCUGAACCGGGAUCCAGUUUAUGACCAGGAGGAUGAGACCCCAGGUCCAUCUGGCACCAGCAGCACUGCAGCCCCCCAGCCCUCCAGCCCUCCAGCUGAAGCUUCAUCUCCUCUUUCUAGUGAGGAUGAUGAAGAUGAGGAGUAUGUGCCACCGGCAAGGAAGACAAGGCGCAGUUCUGCUUCCUCAAGAUACACGACAUGCAGAUCACAGAAAGUGUCACCCUCCCCUGCCCCAGCCCCCACCCCUCCAUCACAGUCAAAGAAGGGUCAGCAGAGACGACGUGGGCCUUCCAGUAAGCAGCCAAAGCAGGCUACCUCUGGACGUGGUGAUCGCUGGUGUAAUCCAGAAGAGCCAGAUGUGGAGCCACCACUGCCAAAGUUUCAGCCAAAGCAUCCACCAGGUCCCAGGAUUGACAGGACAGUGGCAUGGUCACCAUUGAGCCUGUUCAAGCUUUUCUUCAGCUCCAGCACCAUUCACACAAUUAUCAACAAUACAAAUGACAAUGCAGCCAGAAGAAAAGCAUCAGGUAUGCAUUUCAAAUGGUCUCCCGUUACAGUUCAGAACUUCUUCAUAUUUUUGGCUAUAAUACUGUAUUCUGGGAUGGUCCACGUACAUUCAAGGGCAGACAUGUGGAGAAGAGAGUGGCCCUACAAUUUCACAUUUCCACGGAGCUGCAUGACCAGAGACACAUUUGAAGCAAUUUUUUGGUCCCUUCAUCUAUGUGACAUCGAAGAGGAUGAAGAAAAUCAGAAAAAGAAGGGAACACCUGAGUACGACCGGCUAUUCAAAAUCAAACCCCUCUACAGCCAGAUUGUCACUGCUUGCAAGUCACUCUUCCAGCCAUGCAGGGAAAUAAGUAUUGAUGAGCGUAUGGUGGCAAGUAAAGCUAGAAUUGGCUUCAGGCAGUUCAUGCGAGACAAGCCAACCAAGUUUGGAUACAAACUGUUUGUGUUGGCUGAAUCCUCUUCUGGAUAUACGUGGAAUUUCUUUGUUUACCAAGGAAAAACUGCCAAUGUUCAGGGGGAGGGUCUCAGUUUCACAUCAGUAAUGGACCUAAUGAACUUCACACUGCUGGGAAAAGGUUACCACCUGUACGUGGACAACUUUUACACAAGUCCAGCACUUUUUCAGCAACUUGCUACCAAUUUCACAUCAGCUUGUGGAACCAUCCGUCAGACUCGCAUUGGAUUUCCUAAAACUCAAAUCAACGAGUUACCAAAGAAGGCUGAGAGGGGAGACAUGAGGUGGCUGCGGAAGGACAACCUCCUCUUUGUCAAGUGGAAGGACACCAAGGAUGUGACGGUGUGCAGCAGUUUCCACAAGGCUUACAGUGGAGACUCCACACGCAGGAGAGUAAAGGAGGAUGGACAGUGGCGCAAUAAAAACAUUCCUGUUCCUGAUGCAAUCAGAGACUAUAACAAGUACAUGGGAGGGGUGGACCUGUCAGAUGCCAUGAUCCAAUAUUACUCUGUUCGAGGGAAGACGAUGAAAUGGUACAAGACCUUCUUCUACCAUUUUAUGGAUAUUGCGGUAGUCAAUUCCUACAUCCUCUUCAAGCUUUUGGCCAUCGAACGAGGAGAGACUCCCAUGCGCCACAAAAGAUUCAGGGAGGUCCUAAUGAGGGAGAUGGUUGAUGAGGCCCAAGCUGCAGUUGCUGCUGCUGCCCCCCGCCCCACUCUCAGCACCACCUGUAUGCCCAUGUACUUUGGACAAACUGCCACUGACCAGCGGAGGGUCUGUGUGGUGUGCAAGGACCAAGGGAGAAAGGUGAAGACACCGGUAUACUGCAGCAAGUGUGAUGUUGCUCUGUGUUUCACCUCAAGCCGGAACUGCUUCAAAGACUACCAUGUUGGAGCUGUAAAGGGGGACCCCGAGAGUCAGAUCCCGCCUGCAACAGACUGGGUCCUACUGAAAGUCAUCAAGCGGAAGUGGUCAGAGCCAAGGUGGACAGGACCAUUCAAGGUGGUGGAAAGGACAUCUCACGCAGUCAGGCUGCAAGGAAAGGGAGACAGCUGGUAUCACUGGAGCCAGUGUGCUGCCACAGACCCGCCAAUAAGGACUCUAGAACAGAUAAGACAAGGAGGAGUAUAG